GAUAGGCGGGCACUCCGCCCUAGUUUCUAAGGAUCAUGUCUGCGAGUCAGGAUUCCCGAUCCAGAGACAAUGGCCCCGAUGGAAUGGAGCCUGAAGGCGUCAUCGAGAGUAACUGGAAUGAGAUUGUUGACAGCUUCGAUGAUAUGAACCUCUCAGAGUCCCUCCUCCGUGGCAUCUAUGCCUAUGGUUUUGAGAAGCCCUCUGCCAUCCAGCAGCGAGCUAUUCUUCCUUGUAUCAAGGGUUAUGAUGUGAUCGCUCAAGCCCAAUCUGGGACAGGAAAAACAGCCACUUUUGCCAUAUCAAUUCUGCAACAGAUUGAAUUGGACCUAAAGGCCACCCAGGCCUUGGUCCUGGCACCCACUAGAGAAUUGGCACAGCAGAUACAGAAGGUAGUCAUGGCUUUAGGAGAUUACAUGGGUGCUUCCUGCCAUGCCUGCAUUGGAGGUACCAAUGUGCGUGCUGAGGUGCAGAAGCUGCAGAUGGAAGCUCCUCAUAUCAUUGUGGGCACCCCAGGCCGUGUGUUUGAUAUGCUUAACCGCAGAUACUUGUCUCCCAAAUACAUCAAGAUGUUUGUACUGGAUGAAGCUGACGAAAUGUUAAGUCGUGGAUUCAAGGACCAGAUCUAUGACAUAUUCCAAAAGCUCAAUAGCAACACCCAGGUGGUUUUGCUGUCGGCUACAAUGCCCUCCGAUGUGCUUGAGGUGACCAAGAAGUUCAUGAGGGACCCUAUUCGGAUUCUUGUCAAGAAGGAAGAGUUGACUCUGGAGGGUAUCCGCCAGUUCUACAUCAAUGUGGAACGAGAGGAGUGGAAGCUGGACACACUGUGUGACCUGUAUGAAACCCUCACCAUCACCCAGGCAGUCAUCUUCAUCAACACUCGAAGAAAGGUUGAUUGGCUCACUGAGAAGAUGCACGCCCGGGACUUCACCGUCUCUGCCAUGCAUGGAGAUAUGGACCAAAAGGAACGAGAUGUAAUCAUGAGGGAGUUUCGCUCUGGCUCUAGCAGAGUAUUGAUUACCACUGACCUUCUGGCCAGAGGCAUUGAUGUGCAGCAGGUUUCUUUAGUCAUCAACUAUGAUCUUCCCACCAACAGGGAAAACUAUAUCCACAGAAUCGGUCGGGGUGGACGUUUUGGCCGUAAGGGUGUGGCUAUUAAUAUGGUGACAGAAGAAGACAAGAGGACUCUUCGAGACAUUGAAACCUUCUACAACACUUCCAUUGAGGAGAUGCCCCUCAAUGUUGCUGACCUCAUCUGAGAGGGGCUGGCCUGCCACCUCACCCCAGCCAGGGUUCAGUCCUUGUGGGGCUGAGGAGGAGCCGGAGGGGGGAGGGAAGGGAGCCAAGGGAUGGACAUCUUGUCAUUUUUUUUUUCUUUUUUUUCCUUUGAAUAAAUGUCACUUUUUGAGGCAAAGAAGGAA